UUUAGUUGUAACUUGUACUCGUGCGACUCAUGAUCGCCUCAGUUGAAUGAAUAAAGUGAAAUUAAUUUCUUAAUUUCAAUAAGUUUAAUGUGUUUCUUGUGUUUUUAAAAUGUCUUCGAUCAUAAGUGACCGGUCCGUUCCUAGAGCACAUGAGAAAAACGAAGACCACUUCAGUAAAAAAUACGUACUCCGUGCGGCACUCUAUUUAUUGCCUCCAGCAAAUGUUGACGAAAGACAAGGGUCUGUUAUAGACGAUAGAUUGAAAAAAUUGCUGCUUCUGGCCGAAGACAAUGACUCCAGAACAAUACCUGAUAUCGAAAAGACUUUAAAUCUUAAUGCUGACAAUCGCAAGCACCAUGAAAAGAUAAUCAAAUGCAUAAUCAAAAUACUACAAAAUGGUGUGCACAAUGAAAGCAUUAAACAGUUACUAGAAAUAGCCACCGUUAAUGGCAAUCUAACAGUGGCAGAGAUGUUACUUAAACCCAAACUGAAGUCAUACGAGAACGGAUUGAAUGAGAUGACAGUGGAGGAUGUAAACGCAUAUCUUGGGGGAUUAUUGCAAAAAUGCUGUAACCGUGGGCAUGAUAGCAUCUUGAAAUACCUGUUGUCCAUCAUUCCGAAAACGGAGAAAGAUUUCAUCAAUGAGGAUCCCCUGCUGUGCUGUGUCUUAAAAGAAACAAAUCCGUAUGAUUCAACAUAUCCUGGCUUCCAGAGGUGCUUGAGCCUCCUGCUAGAAGAUGAUCGUGUAUUGAUCGAUCGUGCAGAAGUGAACAAACGCACGCCACUCUACUAUGCAACACGGCAGAGAAACGAAGAUGCGCAAAAACAAUUACUAGCAAAAGGAGCCUGCCUGGGCACAAUGGAUAUGCGACAACGGAUGCCAGUUCAUUAUAUAGACCCCAUUCUUUUGGAAGAACAUCUAAACAUCUGCAUUACGGACAAUAAGAAGCAUCUGCUUGAUGACGGUUACGAGCUGACCCUGGAUUUCAAAAACUUUAUUCACAAGCAAACUGUGGCAAACAGUUUCAGCGCACACAAUGGAUCAUCGCAGUGUACUACGAAUCUCACCGAUUCUGUGACCAUUGAAUUGAAUCUUCGAAACGAAAUACCAAACUCAUCGAAAGAGACUAGUCUUCGUAAGGCACCACAUACCAAAGAAAGUUCGUCAUUAAUAGCCUCAGAAAGAGGAAGCCAGAAGAUCCAGAAAACUGAAGAACAAAUGGAAAAUAAAACACAAGAAAUUAACCAACAAUUGCCGGAAAGUGAACUGUCUACCAUCUUAGAGCUGGCCCAAGAUUCAGCCAACCAUCGUGUUCUACAGCAUCCAGUGAUAUCAUGCAUAUUAGCGAUUAAGCAAGCCGAUUUAUACUGGUUCCGGUGGUUAUACUGUUUGUAUUACCUCCUUCAUUACAUUCUACUGAUGAGUGUCUGGAUAUGGUGUAACAAUGCUACUGAUAAUUGUGUUACGAUAACAGUUCAAUUUCAAUGGUUUACUGUUGGUGUCAUGAUUUACAUGGCUACACGUUGGUUAAUAUGGAUGAGUGUGGAUUUUUUGGCUUGGAAACUAAAAUUAAUUCCAAAGAUUAGCAAUUUAGUGUGGCAAUUGCUGUGGAGAUUGAUUCAGUUAGUUCCAAUCAGUCUCUUAGUAGAAAUAAUGUAUAAAAAAGGUUACCCUUCGAUUUCGGCCAUCUCCAUGAUAGUGUUGGCAAUCGAAUCUACAUUAGUCUUAUUAAAGAUCCAAUGGCGCUCUAUAUCUACUAAUCUUAUUAUGUUCAUGCGAGUGUUACAAACUUUUUGCGAAAGCUUAAUACCUUUUUCGACCAUCAUCAUAAGUUUUCUGAUUAGCUUCCACAUUUUGUUCAAAGAUUCUGGUAAAAAGGAAUCGACAUCGUUAAACCAAAACACAACUCAGACUACACAAAAUGCAGGCGAAGAAAUGAGUACAUCGGACGGAUUUCAAACAAUUGAAGAAACUGGUCGGAAAGUAUUCAUCAUGAUGGCCGGAGAAUUGAGCACAGAAAAGAUGGAUUUACAAACGGUACCCAGGGCUCUGAUGUUCUUUUCAUUUCUGCUUGUUAUUGUCAUCGUGUGGAACAACUUUAUGAACAGUUUGGCGGUAGACGAUACAGUGGGUAUGCGAGCCAAAUCCCAGUUCUUGGCAAUUAAGCAGGAUGUAAUCUUCAUGAAAAGGCUAGAAACCAUUCUGAAAAUACUGGAGAGGGCGGAGGAGAAAACUUAUUUUCGGUGGUUAUGCGUUUGUAGAUGGCCUCAAUUAAAACCAUUGCGCCCACAAAUUACAAUCAAACCGAACGAUGAUCAUCCAGUCCCAGGCGUCCAGAUUGACAAGAAAAUUGCUUACAUUUGUAAGACCAUCAUCCAAAAGAAUGAACAAAACAGCAUGGUACAAUAA